CUCUGAGGAAGUUCGAAGUUUUGUAGUUCCUGUAUAGUUGACCUGUCAGCGUUGUAGUACAAGCUGUCACUGCUGAAUGUGUGUUACUCCGUCGGGUUGGGACAGUUUUCGACCAGAUUGAGCGACUCUGACAAACAGGAUCGUUUAUAUUUACUGCUGCUGCUAACCAGCGAGCUAAAGGCUACAGUUAGCCAAAAGCUGGACAGCUAGCUCGCUAUUUAGCAUCUGACGGUAGAUACUAGCGUAAGCUGGCUUUUUUUUGCUGAUAGCUAGCUGGGUACUGGCCCGUGCGAGGCUAGGAAUCCUCCCACUCCUGCAAAGCAGUUUACAGGACAAAAGAGUAAUCGAUGGAGGCUCAAAGCUCCAGUGGACUGCUGUUGCCCAGAAAGAGGAGAAGAGAUGGCUCCAACGGUGAGACUGAGGAGGGAGAGAGGCUUGGUAAAGUCCCCAGAUGUACUGUGGGAUUGAAGCACCCCGCACCUUUUGCAGAUGAGCUAGAGCCAGCUGAUGGUAAACCCUAUGAGAGAGUCAGCAUGGAGGAGGCCAAGAGGGGAACACCAUCUAACAGACCAGUGCGGGUGUAUGCAGAUGGCAUUUUCGACGUUUUCCACUCAGGUCAUGCCAGAGCACUCAUGCAGGCCAAAUGCUUGUUCCCAAAUACACACCUAAUUGUUGGAGUGUGCAGUGAUGACCUGACCCACAAAUACAAGGGCUUCACGGUGAUGAACGAGGACGAGCGCUACGAUGCCAUCAGACACUGCCGCUAUGUAGAUGAAGUAGUGCGAAACGCUCCCUGGACGUUAUCGCCAGAGUUCCUCGCAAGACAUCGCAUUGACUUUGUGGCCCAUGAUGACAUCCCAUACAUCUCAGCGGGCAGCGACGACGUGUACAAACACAUCAAGGAAGCUGGUAUGUUCGCUCCCACCCAGCGGACAGAAGGCAUCUCCACCUCUGACAUCAUCACACGCAUAGUCCGUGACUACGAUGUGUACGUCAGACGUAACCUGCAGAGAGGAUACACAGCCAAGGAGCUCAACGUCAGCUUCAUAAAUGAGAAGAAAUACCACCUGCAGGAGCGUGUAGACAAGGUGAAGAGGAAGGUCCGUGAUGUGGAGGAGAAGAGCAAAGAGUUUGUCCAGAAGGUGGAGGAGAAGAGCAUCGACCUCAUCCAGAAAUGGGAGGAGAAAUCCAGGGAGUUUAUCGGCAACUUCCUGCAGAUGUUUGGCCCUGAGGGAGCUCUGAAGCACAUGCUGAAAGAAGGAAAAGGCCGCAUGCUGCAGGCCAUCAGUCCCAGGCAGAGCCCCAACAGCAGCCCCACCCGAGAGGAGCGCUCCCCUUCUCCCACCUUCCGUCUCCCCUUCUUCACCAAGACCUCCCCGCCCCCCUCGCCUCCGUCCCACCACAGCGGAGCCCGUGGAUACCUCAUCAGCGAUGACGAUGACGACGAAGAGGACGAAAACUAAAAGCGUUUGACUUCUUCACUCUUCUCUGGGCCGCAGUCAGUUGUACCAGUAAACUGAGCUAUCGAGGAAAGCAAUUUUCACCAAGCUCCUGCUUCCGUUUUCUUUCUCGGUUUAUGAUUUUACUUUGUUAGUUAACACUUCAGUUUCAUUCUAACUGUAGCAGCCAGUUUCCCAACGAUUCUUGUUUUUAACAGCCAGUCAUGUAAUAGUAAAAGUUUCCACUACUCACCUAAGUUCUUUGAAAGAUACGUCUCAUUUAUCUCAGUCACUUUUAAUGUUGAGUUUUUUUUUUUGUUCUUUAUCGUCACUAGGUAUUAUGUGCGGCGUUAGGGUGACGUUGUAGUGAGGCAGAAGUUUGUUUUCAUUGUUUUGGCACGGUUUUCUUCAGUGGGAGGGCUCUAACCCUAACCCACGGUAACAUGUAAACGCACAUGAAGUUUGGUGUUGGAUAGGUUACCUCAUAGAGGCAGUGGUGAAUAUCUCUGUAGGGGAGUUUUUCAGAGCAGGUCAGAAACUGGACAUCUAAAUGAUAGGCUUUCAUUCUACUCAUACUAACAACAAACCAACUUUUCUUUUUUUUUUAAAAAAAGCGGGAAACUUCAGAUCACAAUCUGAGCUGAAUCUGGGAGUCAAGUCUUCUAAACAGCUGCAUUUUCCCAUGUUUGUCCGCCUGCUCUGGGGCUGUUUGUGUCUGUGUGUGCAUGACAUGUUUGUGCGUGCAAGCUCCUGUGUCGGCAUGUUUGAAAUGUCUUCUGUCAACAUACUCCACCUAUUGACAGACCUGGGUUCAGCUUUGUCUUGACUUAAUGAGUUUGCUUUUAAAGGAUCAUGUCUGCUGACAAAAUCCUUGUCCUUGGAAGACUCAUUGGAGGACUCAUUUGAAACUGGACGCCUUUCUUGUGGCAUUUAAGAAAGUCCUGCAAGAAUAACCCAUUUCAAUGUAGAAAAACUUAUUUUUGUAGAUUUCCUCUUUCCUUUCUUUAGUUCUGUACAGAUAGUAUUCGUUAUGAUCCCUGUUUAGACGUGCUUUACAGGCUGAGCAGUGAAUCAGCAUGAGUAAGGAUGAAGGAGUUUUUAUAUAUUUUUUUGUAAGGGAGAUGCUGCGUCAUUUCAGCCUGUAGGGAAACAACUACCUGUUACAUGCAAUCACAGUAGAAAGAAUGACCUCGUCAAGGUGACCUGAGAACUGUCUAAAUGCCCUACUUUUUAAGAGAAAUUAAAUCAUUUUGAUCAGUGGAUGAAUAAGACCUGUAGCAUACUGAAGUCCCCAAAACAUUUCCAAAUCUUCAAUCAAGUGUUGAUUGGCAGAUGUAAAAACACUGAGUGGUUUGAGUGAUUCAGUUUCUGUAGAUGCAUCAGUGAAAAUCCAGAUCAACAUAUACUGUUUAUAGCUACCUCCUUCUUCCCUUUUUUUUUUUCUCUCCAAGAUGAGCACAAAGUUCAUGUAUUUUUCCUCUUCCUGAACAGAGCCAUUGUUGCAGCACUGAUGCAAUGUGACUGGGUCACAUAUUUGAGCUUUUAUGGCUGUUUGUGUGUGCAUCUUCAGUGAUACAGCAGUUCUUGUGUCUCCUGUAUAAUCAUAAAGUGAACCUUCACAGGUGAUCAGAAGAUGUAACGCAUCACUGUCAGUCAACUCAAAUAUGAAUGUUGUAAUGUCAGAUUGAUCUGUUCUCAGGCUCGGCUUCUUUAAAGAAUUUGUUGUAGAAGUCGAUCUUGGCUGCAGGGACAAAGACUCCCUCUAUUCACGUGUGAAAAAUCAGAUGUUAAGGUGGGAAAUCACUACCCACAGGUAUAAAAUCCAACUUUUGGAAUGAAGUGAAAAAGUAGUAUAAUUUGCAGAGAAAUCCAGCCUUGAUCUUGGUGCUAAGCUACUUUCUGGAAGCCUCGUCUCGAUUCUUGUGGAAUCUUUUCCUUUAAAUCAGCGUGAACUUCUCAUUUACAGCAAGUCCACAGCACAAGUUCAUGGUGGGAGAAAAACUUGAGUGGCAAGCCAAUGACAGCCACAACCGCAGGAUACAAAUAUAAAUGUUUUUAACAGUAAGCGUUUUAAUCAAUGUUCUAUUUACUGUUUGGGGUUUCUUUGUUUUAUGUCCUGGAUGUAGAGGAAGCGCAAGACAGGAAAAAUGUAUUAAAACAUGUUGGCCAAAGCACA